AUGGAGUCUCCGCGGCGGAGUCGAAAUCGCGCCGCAUGCCGACGUUGUCAGAGGCGUAAAAUUCGCUGCGGUGGUGAGACCCCACGAUGUGGCGCCUGUGUGAAAGCAAACGUUCCAUGCGUGAACGAGGGUAAGCAGGAGGUUAACCGAACAUACAUUGCAAACCUUCAGAGGCGAGUCCAAUGGCUUGAGUCAUUAAUCAAAGAGCAAAGACAUGAUAUAUCCUUGGAAGAUGGCCCUUCACUGGAUUCCAAUGAUUAUCAGCAUGAUGAAACUCAUUUUUUCGAGGGUGAUUCCGAGCCUGCGACUCUGUCACCACCACCCCAGCCGGCACAACCUGCUUCGCUUGGACGGGCUCCCCAAUCUCACCCGCAACCUAGACAGGCUCAUGAAAUCGGCAUGGUGUCGCUUUCCUCAGGAGCAGAGGCACGAUAUAUCGGUCCAUCUAGUGGCUAUUUUCUUGCAAAUCUGGUAUUUUCCAGCACAGGGCGGAGAGCAAGACCUCCAGGGAGCCAAACUAUACGGGAGCCGAUCUCUCUAUCGGCAGAUUUGUUCAACAGCCCGGCAUCAUUACCCACACACAAGGAAGACGCAAUUGAGCUGUCUGCGAAAUACUUUUCUUCUGUUCAUAUUCUAUAUCCAUUCCUACAUGAGCCAUCGCACAUCCAACGCCUUGAGAGUAUGUACAAUCUCGAACCGGGAGCGACCCCUAGUCCAUCCAUCGCCUUUCAUGUCUACAUGGUGCUGGCGAUUGCGGCGUCAGAUCUCUCGCGGAGGUUUCGACUCCGAUUGCCUGCUGAAGGUUAUUAUACUGCAGCCACUCGAUACUUUGAAGGCGCAUGUUCGGAAGGUUCAUUGGAAGGUCUCCAAGGUCUCCUCCUCCUCAUGGUGUAUGCUCUGCAUAACCCUUCGUGUGGUGUCAACAUUUGGAGCCUAAACUACCAAUGCUUAGGUGCACUCAUUGAUCUGGGACUCCAGCGCGACGUGCGUACUUCCUCAACAUUUCAGAUCUCCUUCCUGGAGCAAGAGAUGAGAACUCGGAUCUUCUGGGUGGUUUACAAUUUCGAUCGGACUCUAGGGACGAUGAUGGGACGCCCAAUUGGAUUGCGUGAUGAAGCAUGUGAACUUCGGCUCCCUUCCGAUGUUGCCGAUAGGUGUCUCGCUGAUACAGCAGAGGCGAGUCUCAGCAAUAGUUCGCCCUCUCAUAUGACAUAUUCAGUCCAUUUCUUCAAAUUAGCACGGUUAAAUUCGGAGAUCAAAUAUGUGAUGCACAGCAUCUGCAGAGAUCCUCCUCGUUACGCAUAUCCCCCUGUUGCUGACAUCCAUCAGUGGCAGAGUGAAAUGAUAGGCCGUCUCCAAGCAUGGUAUUCCGAAAUUCCUCGGGUGGUCGGAAUGGAGUCAGUUGCUAGAAUGUGCGAGACAAAGUAUCACGAAAUAAUGAUUCUGGUCCUGCGCCCUAGUCCUGGCAUACCUGAUCCAUCAGAGGUUCUGCUCGCUCAGUGCUUUCAGCAUGCUCGUGACUUAUUGCGAGGCUUUGGGGAAUUGUAUCGGCAAGAAGCUCUCUUGUACAGCAGACUCAUCGUACACUCCAUAUUCCUCAGUACACUGAUUAUGUUGCACUGUCUCUGGAGAUUGCCACAUGUUGCCUCGCUGAUUCAAAUUGAUGACCUGGUGGCAGAUACAGGCAUAAGCUUGAACAUCCUCAGCAGCAUUGGGGAGCACUGGACCGAGGCUCGAAGGGCGAGAGAUUGUAUUGAUGAAUUAUCCGGAAUCACAGUACAGCGAUUGGUUAAAGCUCGCAACCUUGAUUCAUCCCCGCGGCUUCCGGCUGCUUAUCCAAGCAUGGGAAGUACAAGACAUACACGGUCGCAAACUGCCAAUGAAGGCGCCAGCACCGAGACCCCAGGUCAUAUUGACUCCGCUGUGGAAGUCACCCCUUCAGUAGGCACGCUUCUGGACGAUAAUGAUUUCCAUCUUGGAGGUAUGAGCUGGGCUCAUGACUCAAUGCCUGGGGGUUUUAUGGAUUUUACUGGCGUGCCAGAUUUUGAUACUAUCAUCCAGCAAUACCUAGAUCCUACACUGACGAUGCUAAAUUAA